CGAUUUACGUCUUUAAUCUAUUGCGCGAGAUAGUCGAUUCUGAAUCUAUUUUGCUACAAGUACUUAUCUACUCAACUGCUAUCUCUGAAGAAGAAAAAUGAAGCUGUUCGUAAUUUCGCUAUUCGUGUGGUGUUCAAUAUUCAACCAGUUUGAUUUUGUCUGCUGCCAAUGUUAUCCUGCAGUCUACUGCGAACUACUUGAGCAAUUGGACAAUAAACUAAGUGAAGAGAGUGAUUUGGUAAGCAAGCUUGAACCAUUAUUCUCUCUUCCACGUGAAGGUCAUGAAAAUCUUCGAGGAGGAGUUAUAUUAUCAACCUGGGUUGAGUCAUUUAAAAAAGCGGUGACUAUCUCCUAUAUUCAUGCAGAGGAUAUGUGUAAGAAAAGAGUUAGUACCGUAGCCAAUAAUAAUCUAUGCGAUAGACUAUGUGCUGUGCUCACCGCAUACAAGGAAGAUAUUGUAAAAAUUGGCAGAUACUAUUAUGACAUACAACUGGUAUAUUCGGUCGAACCAAGAUACUAUGAUAUAGAAGGAUUCGAAUCGGCACUUAAUGAAUUUAAGAGAAAAAAAUUUGAACGCGAGUCAGAGAUUAAUAAUCAAUUAGAAAGUAUGAAAACUACAUAUCAUCAAUUGGUAAAUGAAGUCAAUGCCAAAAUAGAUCAAUCAGUUAUUGUGCAAAGACAAUAUUUGUUACAAGUUAAAUUAUUCAAAAAGGAAUUGGAAACCUUAUUUUUGCAAACGAAGAAAAUUGAUGGUGAAAAAUUAUAUGAUACAGCGCAAUUGGAUGCACUAAACACCGCACUAAUUGCACUAAGAGGAAAACAACUAGAAUUAGCAACAUGUCUUCAAAAGCUACUAUCAGAUAUUCAAGCUUAUAAUGAUCAACGCAUCAACUGGGCUGGUAUUUUGUUAGAUACAACACUUCCACCAAGGCCUUCAAACAAACUUGGAGUUAUGGAUAUUUAAUAAUGAAAUAAUUAUGAAUUGUUAAAAUAUUUUGGGCCAUUUUAUGAUUACAAUAAAGAAAACGAUGAAAUUAUCAAAAAAAAUUAUAUAUUUUAAACUCA